CUACUCUAUGUAUCCCACGAAGAGUAUGUAGUAACAUCCCUCUGUACCUACAGUGUAAGCAGGCACAUACAUGAGAAGCUCUGGCAUUUGUCUAGCGCGUCAUGUGCAUAAGACAGUUAGUUCCCUCCCCACCACUGUCUAAGCUGCCGAUUAUCACUAGGUUAGGUAGGUAGGUACGCUAGUUUAGUGCCUACCUAGUACUAACUAUGUAAAAUACAGUACCCAAUUGACCUGUCUCUCCCUUUAACCCCCACAUGCAUCCAUACAAUACAUCACACAUGACAUAUCAUACAUACAUGUGCUUUCUUCAUUUCAUCGUUCUACUUUACAACAUACAUCUCUAAAACCCCCUCGCUCUUCUCAAAGUUGUCUAACACUUGCAGUUCAUCCAUUUUAUGAAUAAAUUCAAUUGACUUGCCGUACUGAAUAUCGUUUGAGUCCGAGACCUUGGCAGAGCCUCAAUAUCUAUCUUAGUCGCCCAGUUUACUUCACUCAACUUUUUCGCAAUCGUUGCGCCCGAGUAGAGUAUAAGUAAUUUCUAUGGACUAUUUCUAGAAUUGGUUCAUUUAUAGCCAAGGUGUCUUUGGUUCUCAUUCUAUUUCCCGCUAAAAGGGCAACUCCUCCAGCUCUCAGUCGCUAUCAGGUAGCGAAGUCACCAUCAUGGCACCCAGUGUCCGCAAUUCUAUCCGAUGUCCCUCUAAAACUACCAACAUCCUCGAUUUGCCUGACGAGGUUCUUAAGGAGAUCUGCAUUCACUGCCUCCAAUGCGAUUGGAUCUGCCUAUCGCUCGUCUGCAAGCGCCUUCGUAAAUUCGCGGCCGCCCAGCUCUAUCGCAAUUUCCAUAUAGUCUUCCCUGACGAAGAUGAUCCCUUCUUCGACUCACCCAUUGACGGCCUGGCAGGUGGUUUAUCCACUUUCGUUACCAGCGACUAUGACUAUGCCAAGCAUCUGCGAGACAUAUCCCUUGACACGCUUAGUGUGGGUGCGAAGGCUGAGGCAGCUUACAAGCCAUAUCUUGCCAACGUUAGCUGCGGGAAGUUCAUGAAUACUUUGUUACUUCUCACCCUACGCCGAGCCAAGUCACUCAAUACCUUCCGCUGGAAUAUUAGGGUCGAGCUAAGUAGACCCGUAUACAAAGCCCUCCACAAUAUCGAGUCUCUGAGACAUCUUCAUGUCCGCUUACAGGCCGGCCCUUCUCUCCACCAGCCCCCUCCACCCCUCCCUUUCUCCAUACUUCCGCUGUAUACUGAAUACACCACCGAAUGGAGUAACUCCAGUGGUAGUCUUCCUGACGCUGUUACGCUGUAUGGACCUCCUCCGGUCUUGACGCCAUCAUUACCAAUAUCCAAACCCACCUUUAGCCCUAGAGCUUCGAAAAGGUCACGCUUCACUGAAGAACCACCGACGAUUGCUGGUUUUAAAAACCUCGAAAGUUUAAGUGUACUUGACAUGGAUAACUUAGAUAUUAUUGACGAGAUUCAGGCAUGCAUACACAAUUCCUCAUCGACGCUGAAAAAGCUAAAGUUGUCGUUCUCUGAUUCUCUUGCAAUGCAAGCGAGGCGUCCACGUACAGAGACAGAAAUUGACUCUGAGGGCGAGGAAGUUAUAUCCCUACCUACAUCCAUAUACCACAAUGGUUCCAGCAGUGGGCCAGUAAAGUCUUUCGGAGCUCAGGAGGAACGAAAGAAACAGGAGUCAGUCCUAGGUCGUAUAUUCGGCGUUGAGCGUGGAAAGAGCCCCCAGAGAUCUACCGAAGACAAGAAUGGGGCUGAAGUUCAAGAGCAGCCAACUUCGCAGGAGGGCCAGCGCUUCAUUGACGAUGUCCAUAGAACCUUCCAACGAAUGGCCGAGCACAUCAAUGGCACACGUGAUUUUAAACAUCUAGAUCAACAAAAUGCCCUGGACACCAUUUUAAAAGCCGCCAAGAUAUAUGUCGAAUCCGAAGAAUCGAAAGCUAAGGCUAAACCCCAGUCUUCAGCCCAAGAGAUUCCUCUUAGUGAAGAUGCACAAACAUCUAGCCUGGUUGAGAUUGGCAUGUCGUUGGGCGAUAGUACGGGAAGGAUGGCUUCGCCACAUAGUAAGCUAUCUAAGUAUCACACUAAAGCAAAGGGCGUUGCUUUCGAUAUGGACCCGGAUGAUAUUGAUGUCGCAGCCCCAGAAGACGAGUCCCUAAAUGCUGAUGAACAAUCAAUCCUUGAGACACAGCUAGAUUUUGAGUCUCUUUCAACAGUUGAUACACCUCAAAGGAAUGUUGCGCGGCCAGGAAAAUGGGCAGACUCGACAGAGGUGGAGCGAUUGCUGGAGUAUGAUGUUCACGAUGAAGAUGUCUCAGGUCGAUUAGAGUCACCACAGGAACGUCCAAAUUCCACUAGUCACGACCUACAACAUACAGACGGGGAUGAUAACGCGGCAACUACAGACAUAAAAGACACUCCUAAACACACAGGAAUAGCCACGACAGAGGAGGAGAAGCUUCACAGUCAUGUCUGCCAAUAUGUCCGUGACACACGAGGGAUUGCCUUACGUUCUCUCAGUAUUCAUCUUAUACCAAUCAAAGCAUCGGUUUUGAGGAAGGCCAUAGAUUUCCACACACUGAAACGGAUCACUCUCUUGAAUGUCGGAGAGCAAAAGAAGUUUUGGACGUUAAUGAUGAAGGAGAAUAACUCGAAACGCCUUAGUUUGAAAAAAGUCUUCACCGACGAUGUGUGCCUCCCAUUUUUACAGCUUAUUUCAGAGCUUGACUUUGUCGACGAAGUAUUCAUGUUACAGCGGUCGCCAAAGCAUAAGCCUGAUCCCUUCGCCCCUAACCCAGGAAUGACGUUGGAACAGAUCAAUAAGUUUGUUCUGAGGAAGCAUAUGCACACACUGAAGCGCCUCAUGAUCAAGAACCAAUCAGAUGGCUCAUGGGACCUGAAUGAAAAAACAAUCCAGUUAAUUUGCCGGCGAGGUAGAUCGCUCAAGGAGCUAGCCGUAAUCAUGGGCAUGCGCGCAAUACACACCUUUAUCCAGCAUAUGGUUGGCCUCGUGAAUCUCCGUGCGCUGCAGCUUAUCUCGUUUAGAACUGAGGAUACAUGUCUUUCAGUCAUGCGAGAGACGCGUCAAUUUAUAGUUGACGCUGUAUCUUAUCAUCCUGACUUGAAGCUGGAGUACCUCGCAUUAGGGGACGAGGACCGAGCUAUGAGAAUCGUGCGGAAGCUGGAAUCCUCGAAGGGUCCGAAGAAAAUAUCAUUCAACGGCAAAGAAAUUGCUACCGACGUGGUUAGCAAUCAUCAUUUUGGUAUAUAUUUCCCUGAGGCACCGAUGGGGUGGUAUACAGUAAGUGAGAGUGAGGAUGAAGAAGAUGAUCCAUUGCCAGGCUCAAAGCUAGAGGUGAUUGAAGGCUUUGCAUUCUACGAUAUUUAUGGCAUUCGCAUCUUCAAGAAAGAGAUCGUAAGUGGCCGAUUGUGAAUAGCAAGGGUUCAUGAUACUGAAUAACACGUGGCGAAGUCUCACAGGGAGUAUAAGGUCUUUCAUUUCUUUUUUUAUUCCAACGUCAGAAUACCCUUUGCGCUUGGUAGGUAGGCGUUCGUUAGGCAUUAGGUAGUAAUACGGAAUAUAUUACUGGUACG